UAACUAUAAGUUGCGAAAUCCAUAUUUCCGAUUUGAUUAUUACGAUGAGGAAAAACAGAUUAUAAUUGGAAAUAUUUUCCGUCGUAGGACAACACAGAGCAGGAAUGGCGACCUUUCCGAGUAUUACAGGGAUUCUCCAAAUUACUGUUGCCAUCAUCAUCGUCCUUCAGUGUGUUUCUCAAACAAACGCUAGUUAUGAAGAUGCACGAUGCAAGUGUGUUUGUGAUUUAGAAAGAAAUGGAACAAAACCAGAACGGACAGUUUAUGUACAAACAGUAGGAAAUCAGGAAUGCAAGUGUGACACUGUGGCACUCCCAAAGAAUCCUGAAAUCUUUUGCCCACGAUGUGAAUGUUCCAAGGAGAGUAGAAACACGACAACCAUCAAGGUGGUGGUGAUCUUCAUCAUCUGUGUGGUGUCCCUGCUGAUGGUGUACAUGCUGUUCCUCAUGUGUCUGGACCCACUGAUCGCACGUCGACCCGCUCACUACCAGGAACAUGCAGACGAGGAGGUGAAUUUGGAUGACCUGUCUAUACCUCGGAUGUCGCCGCUUGAGACGGCAGCAGCAGCGUCAGCAUCCGCACGGCAGAGGUCGAUCCUCAACCGUGUGUCCGAUGAGCAGAAGAAGUGGAAGGGGACUGUGAAGGAACAGAGGAAACACAUAUAUGACCGGCAUUCCAUGCUUAACUGAAGCAGUAGAAGAAGUGGAGAUGUGGGUCAGAGUACAUAGCUGAAUCUCAUGCAACAAGUAUCAGGUCGCUCACCAUCAACCUGGCUUAAAUGUACCUUUGUUCUUUCUAGAAGGAGACAAAUUGUUAUCUUAGUUAUCACUGAGGAUAAUAUGAAGACAAGUUGAGCUAUUUUCAGAUUUAAUUUGAGGUGUUGAUACACGGAUGUAGGUCUAAAAUAUCUUGUGCAUAUCAUUAAGUUGAGUAAAUGUUACAAUUCAUUCUCACUGCUGAAGAUAAUAUUAAUGUGGGUCCAGGAAUUUUCAGUUUUAAGAUCUUUGGGUUGCAGAUACCAGUGUGUAGCCUUAUAAUUCCUUAAUUAUGUCUGGCAGUUGAACAAAUGUUAAUGUUUGUAAUCGCUGCGGAGGAUAAUAUUGGGCAGUUUUAGGAUUUUUGACAGUUCUAAGAUUGUGUGGUUUCCAGAGACUGGAUCACAGAUAGCUACAGGCCUAUGGUCUACAAACAGAAGGGGGGAGUCAGGAUCUCCUUGCAUCUGCCAGAGUUACGGGACUUUGUCAUGACUGUGUUUCUAUAUGAGACUGUGAUACCUGACAUCUUGUAAUGAAAAUAUGAUGAAUAUCAUAUAAGCUUAUGCUGAUAUCCUAGUCAUGGUUUACAUAAAUUUAAAAACAGAUACACUUGUACAACUUUUGAUUGGGUGCAUUACUGUUUUGAAGUUGCACUUAAAAUAAAUGCUAGACGAAUUCAAAUCAUUCAUUCGAUAUACAAUUUGUGUUUGUAAGCCAAAUUUAGUCAUAAUAAGUGUUAGCUUUAGCAUAAACACAACCAAAUGAUUCAGUAUGUGGUUUGUAUAUGUUAACAUGUUUGUUAUGCUUCAAAAUGGGACGGGUGGUGAAAUGAUAUUGGAUUACAGCCAGUUUUAGAACCCAACAAGACAGUCAGGGAGGUGACCCAAAGAGUUGCCUGCCCAUCUUCAAAAUUACCUGCCUGCAUAGUCAGUAUAUACAUAGAAAAAUAACAAACAAAAAGAGACAGUUAUUUUGGCCACUGAUUACAGUUGGGUCUAUAUGAGAGUUUGUUAUACGUGACAUUAAACAUCAUGAACAACACACAUGAACAUAUAGACUACGUAAGCUUGUUAUCAUGUCUUAUGUCAAUGACAUAAUGUAAGUGUGUAUAUGUAUAUGCUUCGUUUAUUACUUAUAUAUUUUAUCCCAAUCAUAAGUGUCAAAUGAGUAUUACUAUCAAAAUUACAUCUCUGAAAUUGAACAAGGCAUGACUGUGAUAGUUAUCCCGUUAUUGCCCUUUAGACAACUGUAUAUAACCACAAAGAUAUUAACUCUCAGGGAUAGAAAUUAGCAGUAGCCUCCUAUCCUGAGCUUGUUUCCCUAAUGUUAAAGGUUUCCUGGUUGAAUGUCUAACCUUUAGGGGCAUGUUUCUGUAAGUUAUCACUUUUCCUAGUGAGUUAUUUCCUAGGUUAAUCUGUAUCCCUGACCAAAGGAUCAUUCAUUGAUAAAACCAAUAAGAUAUUUACUCUGAAACCCAAUCACCAGUAGAGGUGGGAAGCACCGGUGUGCGCUGUGAUAUUGUCUGUAGCUAGCAGUUCAUGUUGUUCUGCAGAUGUUAUGCUUGCCAGGAAGACCAGAUUUUUUCUUAAAUUUGGUUUAUGAAACCCACCACUCCAAAAAUUUGAAAUGGGGGAAAAAAUGAAAAGCAGUGUUUUUUUCAUCUACUGACCAGAAAAAAGUAAAAUGUUAAAAAAACCAAGCUCACUUACUGUCACUUCCUACAUAAAUAAAUUGUUUACAACACUAUAAUUAUCUUGAUCAAAACCUAUUUAUUUAACUUACAAAUUUGAAAACACAACAAAAUCUGACGAAUCCCAUUCCUCCAACCCACACUUAUAUUUUUCUCAAACCUAACUAACAUUUUGAGGGAACAAAGAAAAAUAUUUGAGAUUGCAUGCUUUAAAAAAAAUAUAUUUCACCUGCCGACCUGAAUUUUUGGGCCAAAAUUGGUAAAGCCCCACCCCCCACCCCAAAAAGUCUGUCUUAUUCAGAGUAAUAAAUUAUCUUUUUCAAAGGAAUUUAUUUUGUACUUCACGAAUCUUGGAAUGGGGUUUGUAAAAUUUCUUAACAAGGAACAGAUAAUUACCAGUUAUUCUAUGAAUAACCUUUUGUCUUACUUCGUCAGAAACUUCAGUAAAACGUAGGUUUGCCAGUCACUUACAAAUAAACUAUUGAGCUAUUCUACUGAUGUCACAUACAAAUUGUAUGUGAUGUCAUUGCAACUGUUAUUAUGACUGCAGUGCUCUGUUAUUUUGUCACAUUUCUAACAGCCACUUGCAACAAAUGGAACAUAUUUAUUUACAUUUUUCUCGUAUGUGCCUAGUCAUCUAUGAAAGUUCUACACAGUAUAUUUUGUAGUUAUCCAGUGAUUCCUGUCUGUAGCAAGAAGCAAGACACUGUGUAGCUACAUGAGCUUUGUCCAUCACACAACUAGAGCUCUCUGUCUAUGUUAAGACCCAAGCAACUAUGCUAGUUUGCUCUGUGCAGUGUGAUUCUGUAUGUAUAUUACAUAGCAUUAUUAAUAGCAUACUAAUCACUGAACAAUGUGACAGCAUUAGAAAUGAACACUAGCCUAAGACUAGCAACAGUUUGGCAAUUACAUGAUAGUUCAAUGCAAAACAUGUACCAGUAACCGUUAUCACAUAGUGACAUAUGAUGUUUGUUACCCCGGUUGAAGAUCUGUUAUUUUGUUGACUAGGCUGGAAGCAGUUUUUUAUGAUGUUGAACAUAAUUGUCAUCAAUGUAUCUUUUCCAUAGAGGUGUGACUAGUAUCAUGUAGAUAGUAAUAUUUGGAGAGGUACUGAACACAUUAUUUCAUCUGUUUUGUACAUUGAUUGUGCUGGUUGUGACAUUCCAAAGGGGGGAAAAUUAAUGUUUUUCUCCUUUCCUUCCCUGUUUAAUACCUAUUUUUCCAUAAUGAUGGUAAUUGUUUGUUUCAUAGAUUGACAAAAUGUAGUGAAUAUUUUGAAUGAAGUGCUUGUUUAUGGUGCACAUCUUCCCAAGGCAAGAGAGUUAACUGACUAUAAAAGUCCAGUUCCGCCUUUGGCGAACUAGGCUGGAAUUUUGGGGCUCGAUCGAGUCAUGUCCCUUCUAUGUCCCACCUAUUGACCAUUCAGAUUCCACCUAUCUUAUCAUACUUGCAUUUGCUUCAAUGAAAAUGGCGGCGCCCAGUCAAGACAACCUAAUACAUAAUCAAGAUCUAAAUUGUCACGGGUCUUACCUAGCAAAGUACAUAAAAGUAGUUGAGUGCCUUGAUUAAAAACUUGAAAAGAUUUGAAAAGUAUCUGUCAAUGCCCAGUUUACACUACACAUGCUUUGCAAAUCCUGCAAUCAACCAAAAUGUGCAUGACAGUUUACGAACCGGAUGUUGAUUUAAUUCGUAAUUUUGAUUGGACUAUGCAUAGAAUCGUUAUUUCAGCCAAAAUAUAACUCCAAAAUUCCAGCCUAGUUCGGGACAGGUGGAAACUGGACUUUAUAGUCAGUUAACUCCCUUGCCUUAGGAAGACAAGGGUGCCUGAUAUUUGCAGAAAUGUAAAUAAUGGAUUAUGUUAACUCCUUCUAUUGUAGAACAGGGUUUUCCCUAGCACUUAACAUCUAAGAGUUGAGAUCCACAUACAAAUUGAACUCAUGAUUCGAGUUUCGUUUAAACUAGAUUUGCUUCAAGGGUUUCAUCUUUAAUAUCUAAGAAAUCCCUAAUCGGUCAUGAAGCCACAUAUUCCUGAGGAACUUUGGUCAUGAUUUGAAUCUGGAUUCCUGUAUGUGAGAUUGUGUUAAAUGUGUAGGAUUCCUGGUGAGGGAGAACCCUUAUAGAUGUAUAAGCCCUAGCUACAGUUCAGUAACUGAAGCUUUUUGUUGUAUAGUGUUUGUGUACAUACAAUGUAUCUUGUAUCAUCUGAAUGUCAGACAUUUUGUAAUAAUCCAAACAUUCAUUGAAUAAUAAAUGUCAGUAUUAA